AAGGGGCUGGAGUAGCUGCUGGUGUCUGUAGCUCUGCACUGGGAGGGGAGGCAGGAAGUGGGAUGGUGAGGAACUGAAGGGUAGGGGACUGCACAGCUCCUGGGUUUAAUGUCCAGGCUGCAGCACAGCCACAGCUGAGACAGUUACCUGCUCUCCCAGGGGCAGGGAACAGACACAGGAAAACGAGUGUCCAGGUGCCCAGCUCACCCUGAUGAUCUGCAGAACAGCGUCCACGUUUCCCUUCCCAUUGUCCCGCGCUGCUGAAGAUGGGAAAUGGCCACAGGGGAGACGCUCAGGUGCCAGUGACCAUAAAGGAAGUGACAGUCUAUUGCACCAAAGGGCAGUAGGUACUUUUGGAUCCUCAUCAGAUGGUCUUCUACAAGGAUGUCACGCAGGAGAAUUACAAGACUCUGAUCUCCCUGGGUAAGGGCUUGUUCUCCUUCACUUAUGAGAAGGCUGCACUCUCUAUGAAGGACAUAGGUCAGUUUCUGGUCAGGGAUCUUCCCAAGUCCCUUAGAAUUCUGGGUAAUCAGUCCAAAACUGUGCGAGAGAGAGUGCCACAAUCCCACCUCUUCCUAGGCAAAAGAAGAUGCAGAAACACAAUGGCAGAGCUAAUUUCCCCAUAGCCAGAGCUUGCACUGAGGGAAGAGAUAUUAUAUUUAUUUGUCCAGGGUCAUUUCUGUGCCUGUAAUCACUGUAUUUCUCCACUUCAUCCCCGGAGUGUGUUCUGGACCCUCUGAGGGUUUAGUAAUGGGCAAGUGGCUUAAUGUUUGCAGCUUGGCUGCAUCACUGAGUCCUGCGAUGCGUGGGGCAGUCUGAACCUCUCUGGGUCACAUCUCCCACCAGAACACUGCCUUUCCCAGAGAGACUCAGCAAACUCUUUCCCAUCCAUGUUGAUAAUACAAGUCCCAGUAAAGACAGACACUGGGUUUAAAAUCACAGAACAAUCUUUGUAACAAGUCUGGAUCUCCCACUUUGCUUUUCUGUGAGCAGGAUUUCUGACACCUAAACCUGACAGGAUCUGUACAGAACAAGAGGAAAAGCCAUGGGUCCCUGGAAAGUAAGAUACCCGUGAUACCUGUACAGGUGAGGAGAAAACCCAAGUCAGAAACCAAUCAUGAGUGAAAAAAAGAGCUGAAGUCCCACCCAAGCCAUUGUGAGCUCUCAGCAGACGUUUGGAUCGUGAGUGAAAGUGCAGAGAAUCUUCAGCAGAAAGGACUUGAGCAAGGGGAACCAGAUGGAACAAUUUCAGGGAGAUCCAAAGAGACCAUUUCCCAGAAUCCUGAUCAAGAAAGAGCCUGUGAGAGUUGUAACUGCCCAGAAAGACAGUGGGUAAGACCUCCAGAAGAGACAGAGUGUAAAUCCACUCACCUCACAAACCUCAAAGGCACCAAUGUCCAUCAGUGGGCUGUCUCCACAGGCAGUCAAUGAACACUAAGUGUUGUGAGAAAAGGUACAGCAGGGGCUUAGGCCUCAAUGGCUGCCAAAGAGCCCCGAUGGGAAAGAAAUCCUAUCCAUGUGCAGACUGUGGGAAGGUCUUCAGCUGGAGCUCAGCCCUGAUCACCCACCAGAGAACCCACACGGGUGAGAGGCCCUACAAGUGCCCUGCCUGCGGGAGAGGCUUCAGCCAGAGCUCCAACCUGGUCAGACAUCACCGCACCCACACUGGGGAGCGGCCCUAUGAGUGCAGUGAGUGUGGGAAGAGCUUCCGCCUCAACUCCCACUUCCUCAAGCAUCAGCGCACCCACGCCAAGCCCUACCCCUGUGGGGUCUGCCAGAGAGGCUUCCACAGCUCCUUGGCCUUGGGCAGGCACCAGAGAGCCCACACGCAGGAGCAAUGCUACAUCUGUGCAGACUGCGGGAAGAGAUUUCGGGUGCGCUCAGCACUGGCCCAGCACCGCAGGACGCACACAGGGGAGAGGCCCUUCCAGUGCUCCAACUGUGGGAAGGGCUUCAGCCAGAGCGCCAACCUGCUCACGCAUCAGCGGGUCCACACUGGGGAGCGGCCCUUCCAGUGCACCGAGUGUGGGAAACGCUUUGCCGUCAGCUCCCACCUCAGCACUCACCAGAGGAACCAUCGCGCGGAGCGGCCCUGCCAGUGCACUGACUGCGGAAAAGGUUUUGCCAACCCUGCCAAGCUACUCGCCCACCAGAGACGCCACACGGGGGAGCGGCCCUUCCAGUGCCCUGAGUGCGGGAAGUGCUUCAGUGACAGCUCCCUCCUGGUGAAACACCAGCGUAUCCACACAGGGGAGCGGCCCUUCCAGUGCCCCGAGUGCGGGAAGAGCUUCAACCGGAACCUGACCCUACUCAGACACCGGAGAGUGCACACCGGGGAGAGGCCCUACAUCUGCCCUGCCUGCGGGAAGGGCUUCAGCCAGAGCUCCCACCUCAUCACUCACCAGAGAGUGCACACAGGGGAGAGGCCCUACAAAUGCCCCACCUGCGGGAAGGCCUUCAGCCAGAACUCCAACCUGAUCCGGCACCAGAGGAACCACAAGCACCAGGACACACUGUAACCAGCUCAUCAGCACUUGCUGCACACAAGAGAAGCCUGCACAGGCACACACUGUGGGGAAAAAGCUUCAAACAGAGCUCGGACCUUACAAGGCACCAGAGAAGCCACGUGGGGAAGGAAGCAGUGGCUGUCAAACAAAUCAAGUCCUACUGUUUGGACAGUCCGGAGGAAGUGCUGGAAGCAGCAAGCUGUGCACUGUAGGGAAGUGAUUGCUUGGUGAUAUUUUUGGAUGGAGUAGAGGGGGGCACAGGGUGACAAACGGGGUAAAUCUGAUAAAUCUACAGGCGUUUGAAAGGGAUACGUACCAAGGGCAAAGAGAACUUAUUUAGGGUUGCACAACAGAUGCAGCUAACAGCAGCAGGAUGACAUUAAAAGGGGAAGCAUUUGUUUUAAAAAGUUCUUGACAGGACUAUGCAUUACUGAGCAGUUGGAUAACACCCCCAGAAAGCAAUGGUAGCUUCCUCAUUUGGGACUUUCUGAAAUGUGUUUUUUAGGUUAAUUUACUGUAGGGAGACAGGGAGCUGGAUCAGAUGAAUGAAUGAGUCCUUUCUACCUCUGAUGUCUCUGAGUCUCUCAAUGGAGGGAACAAAGGCAAAGUUGUUAAAAAAUUAUGGUGGCAAAAGGAAGGUGAAUUUAUUUUAAUCUCAAGUCUAUUGAAUGACCCCACCUAUCCCUAAAAUAUAUUAUCUAUUGAUACUGGAGACAUGACUCCUGCUAUCCUUCUCUCCAGAACAAUGGGGUAAGCCAUCUUGUUUAGACCGUUUCACUAGCCUAUUUAAGGAUGGUAUUUUUAUUGUAAAGCUAAGUGAUAUCAGAGACCAGAACAGAAUGCAAAUAAGUUCCCCUACCUCUCUACGAGGAGUAAGAAUUUAAGGUUUCCCAAUUUUAAGCCCGGAUAUGCAAAUUAGACAGAACUUGUUGCAGAGAGGAAGGUACCUGAGGACUAAUGCCACAGAUGCUACAGUCCUUACCCUGCCAAGAGGAGCAUUACCUAUCAACAAAAUCAUCAGUUAAUUGGAAAAGAGAAAUAAUUGGACAAAAUUACAGCAAGAUUGUGUGGAUUGUGAGUGGUAUAAAAAGGACUUUCCAUACAAAUUGCAGAGAUUGAAAAAGGUCUCCAGCAGUUGGGGCCAGCUGAACCUAAUUAGUUCCCUGGUAACUCCUUUUCCAGCUGAACCUUAUUUCCCCAUGGUUCUCUCUCCUCAGUGGAUUGGGAGAGGCCUUUUAACCCCCUGGGCCAAAUUACUACCCCUCCCUUUGUAGCUGUUUGUCUUGGGUUUGCCAGUUAACAGCAACAAAAUGAAUUUUGGAAGGAUGAAAUCCAUACAUUUACUGGUCACGCAUUCUCCUAGGCUGGUAUUUCUGUUUGCUCCAAUGUAAGUGUUCGUUCCAGCAGCACAACGUCCCCCACUGUAAAGAGCCACGGAGUCUGCUAGAAAUGUAUGUCACCGGGCUUUCAGUUUGUAAACCAGUCCAACCUCAGGCAUGUUACUAGAAUGUUUUAAGGGAAACAAGGUCUUUUUCUUAUUAUUUUGCCAUGUUCCUUUACAAUAAGAAAGCAACCACCAUUUUUUUAGUGCCUGAUGAGUGAAUUAGAGGAGCAUUGUGAUGAAGACUGACCAAGCAUGUGACACUUUGGGCAUCUGAAUCCUACUUUCAUGGGAAACUGCUCUAUUGUGAAUAACCCCAUUACUAUUUUCUCAGCAAACAGCUAAGAUAAGGGCCAUGUGUCAGGGCUGACCCAGUCUCUUCUAAACACACAAAUGAUGAAGAAAGCAGGAAGGAGGUGAAUCCAUUCCAUGGGAAUGGGGCACUUCAUAAAAAAAGCUUUCCUACGUCCAACAGGGAAAACAUUCCCCUCCUAAAGAACCCAAAUCAUUGCAUCAUUGGACGGAUCUUGAAAUUCACAAUUAAUUAGAAUCAGGUACUAUAAGUUAUUUCAGUAUGGAAAGUUACUUUCAUUUUUGGGGGGAGUAGACACUAAAACCAUUUUUUCUGCUUCCUCUCUGUGCAUUAGGCUGAAAAAUCCAGGGAUUGGCAUUAUUUCCGUGAAUCACAUUUUUGAACUUGCUCUCUCCUAAGAGUUAUAUUUCAAUCUACAGGAUUUGCCCAGCCUUACUUACAUUAGUGUAACAUUCAGGGCAUAAUAGAGCACAUUUUCAUUUUUCCACUCUGAAAUACUCCUGGAACUUGUUUUUAAUUUACAAUUUCUGGGUCGAUCCUGCAUCCUGGGCUUCCGAUCACUGGGAGAAGACAGCUGACAGUGCAGGAAACUGAAAAAGCAAAAGGGGAAGAUUAAAAAAGAAAAGGGAUGGGUGUGUGCAAAAGGGAAUAAACAAACACAAAGGAGCAGCAUGGAGGGAAUGAGAUAACCCUUAAAACGUUUCUUUUGUCAUCAUCUUUGAAUUCUGAGCAGAAGUACACUACGUUGCAAGAAAGAACAUAGCGUGCCAAUGACUUCUACAUUUUGUAAGGGGAAUACUACAACUAGCAGAGAAACAUUAUAUAGCUAGCUAAAACAAUGUAAACAUUUUAAAGGAAGCUAAACUACUAGUGAUUUCCAUUUUACUUUGGGCAGCAAAUAGUUUAGGGUAAAGGGAUUAAAAUCAGAAGUGUCAGGAUGGAAAAGUAGACAGCCAUUUGUAGUGGUUAUUUUAAUAGGCAUAUUGAAGUACAAAAAGAUAAACUCUACUUGUAUGGCACUGCUGCAUAACACGACUGCAGAUAUAUUCCAGUGAGUCUGGUCCCUCUCAAAGAACAUUACAGUUCACAACAGAAUGAAUCUAAAGUCUGUAGCAAAAGUUUGCAUUAUAAGUUACCAUGACAAUAAACUCUGACUUAUAUCAGAA